AUGAAGACGGCAGAGAGAGCCCACACGCCAAAGAAUUUGUGGGAGAGAAUCAAGCUCAGCAAAGACUAUAAAAAAGCAUUGAAACAGGUGGACGAGCACCUGUUGUACUGGAACAAGUUCAUGAUACACAAAUGUAAGCAAAGACUUACUCGACUUACGCAGGUGGCCAUCACCGAGAGACGGUUGGCCCUUAGAGAGGACGAAAGACACUAUGUUGGAGUGAAGCACAAGGUGAAAAGAAGAGAGGAAACGAGAGAGCGCAAGGCCUUGGCUGCAGCACGGAUCGAAAAGGCUAUUGAGAAGGAGUUGCUCGAGAGACUCAAGUCGGGUGCUUAUGGUGACCACCCGUUGAACGUGGACUCCAAGAUCUGGAAGAAGGUGCUUGGAAAGGUCGAGGAGCGUGAGGAAGAGGAGGAGUCCGACUACGACUCGAACGACGAGGUCGAGUUGGAGUCCGACAUGGAGGACGAGUCCGAUGUCGGCGAGGUGGAGUACGUCGAGGCCGAGGAGGACGACGACGAGAUGGUGGACAUGGAAGACCUGCAGAAAUGGCUGGAAGAUGGCUCGGACGCGUCGUCGAGCGACUCGGAGGACGAUGAUGAGGACGACCACAAGCCUCAGGAAAGAAGAAAGCGGCCGCGGAUCGAAAUCGAGUACGAAGAAGAGCCUCUCACUAAUAUAGCAUCAUAG